CACAGUCACUUGAGUCACUGCGGUAAAAUAAGUGAUUUAUCAUUCAAGUUUUAAGAUAACCUAUAAAUUAAAAGGAUUUAUUUAAUUAAAAAUACGUUGUCUAUCUUAGAUAACUCUUUCAGACCUUUGACAUGUUAAAGGGUAUGGUAAGCUUAGUUACCGGUGGAGCAUCAGGACUUGGUAAAGCAACUGUUGAGAGACUUAUAAAGAAUGGAGGAAAGGUUGUAGUCCUAGAUAUUCAAGCUACACGCGCACAGGAAGUUGCAAAGCGUCUCGGUGACAAUGUUUUGGUCUCACCAGGGUGUGUAACAUCAGAAGAUGAUGUAAAGAAAGCAAUAGAUCUAGCCAAAACAAAGUUUGGAUGUCUUAACACAGUGGUGAACUGCGCUGGACAUUCCGAAACUCACCAGAUAUAUAAUUUUAACAAAGACGAGGCGUGUCAGGCUGAUGGUUUCCUUAAAUGUGUAAAUGUAAACACAGUUGGCACAUUCAAUGUUAUUCGUCUAGCAGCCGGGGUCAUAGGUAAAAAUGCACCAGACGAAAACGGCCAGAGAGGGGUUAUAGUGAAUACUGCAUCAACUAUCGCAUUCGAGGGAGAUAUUGGACAAUUUGGCUACGCAGCAUCCAGUGCAGCUAUAAUAGGAAUGACAUUGCCAAUAGCAAGAGAAUUUGCCUCUCAAGGGAUUCGAGUUAUGACUAUAGCACCAGGUUUGUUCGACACACCUCUUCUCACAUAUCUACCCGAGAAGAUGAUACAGUUUCUCUGCAGAAUGACACCGUUCCCCUCCCGCCUGGGCAAGCCUGAGGAGUUCGCGCAGUUGGUCACUAGUAUAGUGGAGAACCCCAUGUUGAACGGCACUGUUAUAAGGCUGGAUGGAGCCCAGAGGUGGUUCCCGCUUUGAGUAGAUAAGACCAAAUAUAGUUGUUAAGUAGUUA